GUGUGAAGCGGAGAGUCCGCUGUUGCCCGUGGUUUUGCUCGAAGGCUCUGCACGCGCGCACAUCAUCCCUGACACGCAGCAUUGCGCGCUGCACAAAAAGCGUCUGAAAGUACAGUGAAAAAAAAGCUUUCAGUGAGCUUCGGACCUGAACGCACAGCGACCGCGGUGGACUUUACUCGUGCAGGUCCAAGAAAAACUGGAAGAAAAGCAAUCUAAGAAAAAUUACGAAACGCACUCCGUAUGGGUACAUUUUCGCACUUCAAUUUCUCUUCUGUUCCACCUGCUAGCCAGUGGCACUGAGAGAACAGGAGCAGGAUGAGAUGGACGGUUCUGCUGUGGGAGUACCUGUUGGUGGAGGUCACGGCGCUGGUGUGCAGGGCGGACGGUGAAGCAGAGCGGCGACUCGAGGGAUUCGUCGUGCUGUCGGGUUCGAACGGCUCUGAGGAGAGCAGCGUGUCCGAGAAGCCGCACACGCAGGACGAGUGCCGUGGCUACUACGACGUAAUGGGUCAGUGGGACCCGCCGUUCGUGUGCCGCACGGGCACCUACCUGUACUGCUGCGGCACCUGUGGCUUCCGCUUCUGCUGCGCGUUCAAGAGCUCGCGCCUGGAUCAGAGCCUGUGCACAAACUACAACACACCAGUGUGGCUCAAGGGACAAACGCCCUACAAGAAGACGGACCCGAGGCACGAUCCGACCAAAGACAAGACUAACUUAAUCGUGUACGUCGUUUGUGGAGUUGUGGCCAUCAUGGCGCUCGUCGGGAUUUUUACCAAACUUGGAUUGGAAAAGGCGCAGAGACCUCACAGGGAAAACAUGACUCGAGCUGUAGCAAGUGUGAUGCAAGGUGCCUGUCAAGCCGAACAUGAAGAAGCCAUCGGAAGACAUGUACAGAACUAUGACAACAUGCAGGCGAGGGCAAACAAUAUGCAGGGAGCCCAAAUGCACAACAUGAGCCAGGCUCACCCCUACCCGGUCCUCAGCCAGCUGGCCCAUGUGUACCAGCAGCAGCAGCAGCAGCAGCAGCAGCACCACCAUCAGCAGCAGCAGCAGCAGCACCAUCAGCAGCAGCAGCAGCAGCACCAUCAGCAGCAGCAGCAGCAGCAGCAACAGCAGCCUGGACAAGAACUCAAUAAAUAUGCCUCACUAAAGGCUGUUGCGUCUAAAGUCAACGGGGGAUUUUAUAACAAACAGCACUGCCAUUUGACAGAAUUGGGAGCGAAAGGCGGCCUGCCCCUCCACACAAUGAGGUUGGAGCAUGUGGAGCCCACCGCCACAUACAUCACCGAGAUCCCCAUCCUCAAGCAGAAUGAACAGAAACCUAAGCCCAUCAAGCCCCACGUGCCACAUCAUCAUAUGGCCUACAGCUCCAACACCAUAGCCAACCCAGGAAUGCUGAAGGCUUGGGAGGGCACAGAGACUAUGGGUCGGCGCAAGACCUAUGGCCCCAGGAAGCCCUGCAUGGUGGCUCAGAUGAACGAGCUCCACACCGCUCGCAGUCACCACUACCUUCCCACACAGCCAUACUUCAUAACCAACAGUAAGACAGAAGUGACUGUUUGAAGGAAUGACUUGUCUCUGAAGGGCUCAUCAGUCUGUGAGCAGGAAAAACAGAUCAGUAUCCUGACUGUAACCUCCACUCUGCCCCUUGUGGAAUGGAGGCGUAACUGCAGACAUGAGCUGAUCACACCAUGAUCGGCUACACAACCAGGCGGUCAGCAAGCAAUGACAACAGCUGAACCAGGAACACUCCAUUGUUUUUGUGAAAUGUUCACUAUAAUUUAUACCCAUGCCAAUGAUGAUAUGUUUGUAUUCAAUCUGUGAGAUAAUGAUCAGUUUUAAUUCAAAUCAAUGAGAAAAAAAAGAGUCAAAAGUACACAAGCAAUAAAAACUGACACAAAAAGAAUAAUUGUGAACUAAUGUUUACUCCAGUAAUUUAGAGGAAGUUGAGAAUGAACUUAAAGGGUCAAGGGCUUGUGUGGAAUGGCGAACAAAGGGUCAGCAUUUCUUACAGCACCAGUGCUGAUGUACAUGAUGUCUCUUUAGCACAAUUAUCUUAUCAUUAGGGUCAUUCUUAUUGUAUCUGAAAAACAUUCAGUGGCUGAUGCCUUAUUUGAAGACACCCUGGAAAGACGUGAACUGUUAUACCACAGACUGGUAUUUUAGGGCUGUAACUUUCAUUUUCAUACUAACAGUCCUCACUGUGUGUAGUUUCACAAACUCCCAAUUCAUUCAUUUACUUAGUAACAAGCUCCCAGAAUGGUCAUUCUUAACAAAAAUGUAUAAUCUCUUAGACAGUUUCUGCUGUAUUUGUUGCAGAGUGCAAUGAGGUAGCAUGUGAACUGAAGACUGUAAAGAAAAAGCACUGUUAACUAAAAUGGUCGCAACAAAUUGGCCGCUAUUCUAGAGCUUUAAAAACAAGUAUUUGAUCUCCCUUCAGUAUAGUUAAAAUUAUUUCUUAUGUGUCGUAUUGUAUCCUCUUGAAGGACUUAAAGCUUGUUGUACAAUAUUUCAUGACAAUAGAUGUAUGUGCAGCUAAGUUGCAUCCACUGGGUUUUAGCACUUUUAUUUCAGUAGUAAGUAGUUUGGGGAAAUUUGUUUGUUUGUUCAUUUUUGGGGAUUUCUUUCACACAGGCCUUCUGGUGAAAUUGAUUUUUAUAGUAUAUAUAUAUUUAUACUUUUGCCAGUAUGUGUAUGCAAAUGAUACAGUACAUUGUGCCAAGAAUUAGCUUGUUAAAGUUGUGUUUAAUUUUAUCUAUUUGUCUUUUUCACUCACUUGUACAUUCCAAAUGAGAAAAAAAAGGUUUAUUCUGCUGCAUUACAGUAUAAGGGGUGUGAUUGUUUUGGAAAUAAUGAUAUAUUUCAAAAUCAAGUAAUGACAUUGGAAUAAAAUAAGCAUUUCUUCAUUCUCUCCA